AUGAAAUAUACAGUUAAAGAUUGUGAUCCAGCUACAAGUCUACCGGAUGAUGAACGUUAUGCUGAUGAAUUUAUGUUUGAUAUCAAUAAUUCAUUAUAUGAUCAAUUAUUAGAAAAAGUAUCUGUACAAAUGGAUAGAGCAACGAAAUGGUUUCAAUUUGUUCAUUAUACUCCAUAUCCAUUGAUAAAAUGUAAUGAUAUAGGAACAAGUUAUACAUUAGUUAAAUUACCUGAUGAUUCAUCAGCUGUAACCCCAUGUGUUCGAUUGCGGUCAAACUGCGACGCAGUUGCGGCGCAACUGCGUCGCAGUUUUCCAUAUCAUGCAUUACUAGUGAUGAUGCUUCGUCGUAUGAUUUAUUUAUCAAUAAAAGAAAUGUCAACAGUUGCCAAUGAUGUUAUUAUUGUAACAUCAAGUUUAACUCGUGAUAUGACUGGAAAAGAAGAUUCUCAUCGUGGACCAGCUAUACGAGCUUUAUGUAAAAUAACUGAUCCAUCAAUGAUGCAAAGUGUUGAACGAUAUAUGAAACAAGCAAUUGUUGAUAAAUUACCAUCAGUUGCAUCAGCUGCAUUAACAUCAUCAGUUCAUUUAAUGCGUCAAGGUCCUGAAGUAGUUAAACGAUGGGUUAAUGAAGUUCAAGAAGCUGUUAAUAAUGAUAAUAUAAUGGUACAAUAUCAUGCUCUUGGUCUUUUAUAUCAAAUACGUCGAACAGAUAAACAUGCUAUUAGAAAAUUACUUGUCAAAUUUUCUAAAGCUGGUCUUCGAAGUCCAUAUGCAUAUUGUUUUCUGAUUCGUAUUGCCGCCAAUCUUAUAAAUGAAGAAGGCGAAGGAACGGAUAGUCCAAUGUAUGAUUUUAUUGAUUCAUGUUUACGUCAUAAAAAUGAAAUGGUUAUUUAUGAAGCCGCAUCAACAAUUGUAUCACUUAAAUGUGUUACACCAAAAGAACUUAGUUCAGCUGUUAAUGUUCUUCAAUUAUUUAUUUCAUCACCUAAACCUGUUUUACGUUAUGCAGCCGUUCGAACACUUAAUAAAGUUGCUAUUCAAUAUCCAGCAGCAGUAACAGCUUGUAAUGUUGAUCUUGAAACAUUAAUAACUGAUUCAAAUCGAUCAAUUGCAACAUUAGCUAUAACAACUCUUCUUAAAACGGGUAAUGAAGCAGGUGUUGAUCGAUUAAUGAAACAAAUCUCGUCAUUUUUAUCUGAAAUAUCAGAUCAAUUUAAAACAGUUGUUGUUGAUGCAAUUAAAUCAUUAUGUCAAAAAUUUCCACGUAAACAUACUGUAUUAAUGACAUUUCUUUCAAAUAUGUUACGUGAAGAAGGUGGUUAUGAAUAUAAAAAGGCGAUUGUUAAUACAAUUAUUUCAAUUGUUGAAGAAAAUCCUGAAGCAAAAGAAGCGGGUUUGGCUCAUUUAUGUGAAUUUAUUGAAGAUUGUGAACAUACAUCAUUAGCGACUCGUAUUCUUCAUUUAUUGGGUCGCGAAGGACCACGUACAACAACACCAGCAAAAUAUAUUCGUUAUAUUUAUAAUCGUGUUAUUCUUGAAAAUGCACCUGUUAGAGCUGCUGCGGUAAGUGCAUUAGCUAAAUUUGGUGCAGCAUCAGAAGAUUUAUUAUCAAAUAUUUUGGUACUUUUACAACGAACAACACUCGAUCAAGAUGAUGAAGUUCGUGAUCGUGCUACUUUUUAUUAUCAAUUAUUAAAACAUAAUGAUAAAGCACUUAAUUCAGCUUAUAUUCUUAAUUCAAUGAAUGUAUCAUUACCAUCACUUGAACGUCUUUUACAUCGUUAUACAAUUGACCCAACAACAAAACCAUUUGAUGUUCGAUCUGUACCUGUUGAAGCAGUUCCAGUUGAACAACCUAAAGGUUCAAUAUUCAAAUUAAUUUUAUUAUUUAAAUAA